CACGGCGCUACUGUCCAAUCGUUCUGAAUGAGAGAAGAAAAAGAAGAAGUCUACAGCAGCGCUCGGCACCACUGUUCUCAGUCGCCGGCAAGCAUUUGCUGAAACACGUCCAGGGAACUUUGAAGCACCGUCAACACGCAACUUAAGCAAUCCACAAUGGCACCGAAACUUGCGCAACCCGCUCCCGACUUCCAAGGAACGGCAGUCGUCGACGGAGAGUUCAAAACGAUCAAGCUGUCUGACUACAAGGGAAAAUACGUCAUUCUUUUCUUCUAUCCCUUGGACUUCACUUUUGUUUGCCCCACCGAGAUCAUCGCUUUCUCGGAAGCCGCUCAGAAAUUCAGGGACAUCAACUGUGAAUUGAUCGCCUGUUCCACCGAUUCCCACUUCAGUCAUCUGGCCUGGAUCAACACUCCUCGCAAGGAAGGCGGUCUCGGUGGAAUGAACAUCCCCUUGCUCGCUGACAAGAGCAUGGAUAUUGCUCGCGCGUACGAUGUCCUCGAAGAGAAAGAAGGAAUCACUUUCCGAGGGCUGUACAUCAUCGACGGAAAAGGCAUUUUACGUCAAAUUACCGUCAACGAUCUACCUGUAGGCCGCUCGGUCGACGAAACCUUGCGUUUGGUGCAGGCGUUCCAGUUCGUUGACAAACAUGGAGAGGGUAAGAACCUGAACGACAAUUGCGGCGAAGAAGCGCAGCGAGAACAACCCGAAAGCAAAAAGCGACCCCUCAGUCCAGAAUCUGUCGAACAUUUCGCACCCGAUGCCAAAACUCCCAGAGUACGAGUCCCGCACGAUUUGUUACUCUCCUGCAUGCAUUUACCGCACAUUAGCUCCUUUUUUCUUCCUUCCUCCCUACCUUCUCUCGCGUUUUGUUGAUGGAGCUUCGGUAUAAUCCUAAGCUGUUGUCUGAUGCCGGAUGAUUCUGCAUUGGCUGGGUCGAACCUUCGGAUCUCGCCAUCUCUGAACCCAGUUCUCAUCC